AUGACAGACUCGAGCAAACUUUCCACGUACAAAAUGUACACGAUCGGUUGGAUCGCUGCUCUGGACAAGGAGCUGACAGCCGCGCUCGCCAUGCUUGAUGAGACACACGAGCAGCCAGACGAUUUUGAACAGAACGACAAAGACAGCAAUACCUACUCAUGGGGCCGGAAUGGGGAACACAACAUCGUCAUCGCAUCACUUGGUGGAGGGAGCUAUGGCAAAGUUUCGGCAGCAACGACCGCAACAUGCAUGGCCACGUCCUUCCCACACCUACGAUUUGGUCUUUUGGUCGGUAUUGGUGCUGGAAUCCCUAGGUUGGAACAAGACAUCGACAUCCGCCUCGGCGACGUCGUUGUCAGUGUUCCUACAGGCGAACAUCCAGGCGUUGUCCAGUACGACUUGGGAAAGAAAAGGGACAAUGGCCGCCUGGAGCGAGUUGGCGCACUCAAUCGUCCGCCAGAAAUCCUUCUCAGCGGUAUCAAUAAGCUCCGAGGACAUCAACGAGUGAAAGGCUCUAAGUUGCCGCAAAUCCUAAACGAGGCUGUUCGCCUACAUCCGAUGCUAGGGAAGCCGAAGGGGAAAGACCCGCCGUUCAUUUAUCAAGGAUCACAACACGAUCGGCUGUUUGAAUCGACGUCGAUGCAUGUCGAGACUGGACACGGAGAAUUACAAUCCCACUCUCUCCAGCCAAACGGAAUAUCAAGGAAUCUCCCCCAGCUGAUGUACUAUGGUCUUCGGGUGACACUAGUCUGGUUAUGGACUUUAGUUUACUUCCUUCUAACUGUUCGGAAGCCCUUGGAUCCCGACGUGAACAUCAUCCAUCAGGAGACGACAGUGACUGGAUCUUGUUUGAAUUGCGACCCUAAGAAAGAGAUCUCUCGAGAAAGCCGACAAACCAUUGACCCUGAGAUUCACUAUGGGAACAUUGCAUCAGGAGAUUUGGUUGUCAAGGGUGGUCUUGCUCGAGAUCUGAUCACCCAAAGCCUAGGAAAGAGUUUCCUUUGUUUUGAGAUGGAGGCCGCUGGCCUAAUGAACAACUUCCCCUGUCUUGUCAUCAGAGGAAUUUGCGACUACGCCGAUAGCCACAAAAAUGAUCGAUGGCAGAACUAUGCAGCACUUGCCGCUGCUGCGUACGCAAAAGAGCUUUUGGGCGCCAUCGAUGCCAAGAAGGUCGAGCGAGCUGAUAAGAUGGAAAUGAUCAUGGCAGAAGUUUCAGAUACGAAGCAAGCAGUCCAAAGCAUGAACGAUGAACGGCUGUUAGAAAAGAUGUAUACCUGGCUCUCAGCGCCAGACCCAUCAUAUGACCGCUGGACGACGGAUUCUGCAUCGUCUCUGUGGAUAUAUGGAGGACCAGGCUGUGGGAAGACCAUUCUGAGCUCAGUAAUCAUUAGCGACCUGAAAGCUUUCGAGGAUGACACUCAGCACCUGCUUUUCUUCUUCUUCAGCUUUAUCGAUUCCAAGAAGCAGUCUUUGGAUGGAGUGGUACGAUCUCUCACCAGCCAACUGUCCCGCAAGAGUAAAAGCGCUCGAGCGUAUUUAACCUCAACAUUCAAUUCCGAGUACGAGAAAGGCUCGGAGCAGCCCAGAACUGCGCAACUUUGUGAGAUAUUUGAAUGUAUGCUUCAAAGAUCUAACAACAUCUGGGUCGUACUUGAUGCACUUGAUGAGUGCCAACUUGGAAGCAGCUUCAAGAACGAGGGACUGCUUUCGUGGCUACAAAGUCUGCUUACACCGAGACAUGACAAUCUUCGGACCCUAGUCACAAGUCGCCGGGAACACAACAUUCAGAUGGUUUUGGAUGGAUGCAUUCCGGAGCAGCUCUGUCUACAGGGCGACCUAGUCGCUGGCGACAUACAGGCAUUCAUCAACGAAACCAUCACAAACUGGGACGGCCUGAGUGUAUGGCAAGAACAUAAAUGGGUUCAGGAAGAAAUAAGAUAUUAUUUGACAAAUAAUUCCGAUGGAAUGUUUCGUUGGGUAUCAUGUCAACUCGAUGCUCUUGCUCCCCUGCAAGGCUGCCGAGACCACGAGGCUCUCCUAGCGACGCUGGAGUCUUUACCAAAGUCGUUGGAUGGAACGUAUGCAAGAAUGCUUGCCCAAAUCCCCGAAGCGCUUCGUGCGAAAGCAAAUCGAAUCCUUCAGUUUUUGCUCUACUCAGAAACCCCGUUAUAUCUUGAAGAAAUUGUUGAGAUUGCUAUUUUUUCACCCAAAUCUGAGAAUUCGAGGAGGAGAUUCAACGAUUUAGUGAAACCGGAGAAAGAUACAAUCUCACUUUACUGUCCCAACCUCGUGAGAUGCGUGGUUGUGAGGACCGACGAAAUUUCGAGGGCCUCUCGUGAAGCUCUGCAGCUUGCACACUGCUCAGUGAGGGAUUUUCUUCUGUCUGAUCGACUAGAACGAUCAACUUCCAGUAUCUUUCAACCACAAUUUGCUUCAGGGUCAAUGGCAGUUACUUGUCUGUCCUAUCUCCUGGAUAUUGAACACGAUCAGCCCCUGGAGAAGAUUCUUUCAUCGUACCCGCUGGCAACAUACGCUGCAUGCUUUUGGACACAGUACACCCAGCAAGCUGAUACCAGCAUGGUUUUUGAAUAUCUGCAAGAGUUCAUUCGUUGCAAAAGGUGUUACAAAACAUACUGUCAAAUCCUGGAUGUUGAAUGGACCAAAAUGCCUACAAGAGCUCGAUGGCUGAACGAAUUCUACCGCUCGCGUCUGGGCGGAAAAGGGAGUUUCCUUCCCCAUCCUAUGCUGGACCACCUUGCAAUGAGGGGUCUGAAAUGCGCAGUGGAAAAGAUUCUAAAUGAGGACGCUGAUGCAAUCGACGCCGACGGUGCUUACUUCGGUAACGCUCUUCGAGAGGCUGCGUGGGCAGGUCGCAAAGAGGUGAUACAUCUACUCCUUGGCGCAGGAGCAAAUCCUAACGGCCAAAGGGGUGAAGAUGAGAGUCCUCUACAAGCUGCUGCCAAAUUCAAUCAUCAAGAGAUUAUGCAGAUACUUCUCAAUGCUGGAGCAAAUCUCAACGCCGAAGGGGAUUAUUAUGGCAGCGCUCUACAAGCCGCUGCCAGCUUCGGUCAUGAAGAGGCCGUGCGAUUACUUCUCAGCACGGGAGCAAACCCUAACAGUAAAGCGGGCUGGAGAGGUAGUCCACUUAAAGCAGCUGUUUAUAGCGGGAAAAGCGAGAUCGUCCACAUGCUUCUUGACGGUGGCGCAGACCCUCACUUCUGCGGAGGGGAUGACUCCGGCAACGCUCUCUAUACAGCGGCCUAUCGAGGCAAUCCAGAGAUCAUGCAGAUACUUCUUGACGCAGGGGCAGACCCUCACGCCUUUGGUGGUGAUCUUGGCAACUGUCUCUCGGCCGCCAUAGCAGGAAAUCACAAAGUUGCUGUUGAAUUUAUGUUAAAUUUAAAAGCAAACAUCAAUGGUCAUCGUGUAUUUUACACUGCAGCGACACAUGCUGACGUCGAUAUCAUCGAGCUUCUUCUCCGCGAGGGUGCUACGGUCGAUGAAGAGACUCUCUGGGCGGCCUUUGAGAAAGGUCGUAAGGCAGAGGUGAUCGAAAAUCUGCUUGAAAACAUCACGCCAACGGUUUCAGUUGAGAGCUUUAUUCGUAGGGCUCUCCCAAGGGCGUGCUGGAGAGAUGGUCUUGACCUUGUACAGGUGCUCCUAAAUGCCGGCGCAAGUACUGACAUGUCAAUGGCUGCUUGCGUUACUGCGCUCUAUUCUGCGGCUAUCAAGGGCCUGGAAAGCAUGUUUGAAUUGUUCCUCGACAAAGCCUACAUGGCUAGGCCGCAAGAUUACAUUGCUGACAGUUCUAUUCACGACAAACCGCUUGCUGGCUGCACAAAUGUUACACAUUUGAUGUCCAUGAAGGAGGCUGAUGCCAAUAAGCUUCUACGCAAGGCUCUCACUUGCUCAUUGUCGCCUAUUAGUCGCGACGCUGCCAUGCUCCUUUUUGAAACUUGUGAAGCUUAUCAUAAGGCCUACCAAAGACGGCUUGGUUUAAACAAGCUUCUUCAAAAGGAGAUAUCAGAAGUCAGAAAGGGCUCUGAAGUUGAAAUUAAGCUGCUACUUGAUCAAGGCGCAGACCCCAAUGUCACGGCCUCGGGAUACCCUAGCCUCUGCUAUCUGAUCAAAGCAAUCAAGUUUGAAGAAGAGGAAACGUGCAAGAAAGUUUUCGAAUUACUCCUUGAUCAUGGUGCUGAUCCGACAAGAUGUUGUGGCCAGGGAGGCGCUCUUGACGUAGCCCUUCGAGAAAGACGCUGGGAACUCGUUGGCAUGCUCCGGGAUAGAGGCGUGGAAAAGACGCAGAUAUAUCGUUUCAUGGAGGCAAAAGUCGACCGCGAAUUGCGUCGGCUUCAGGAGGAGCGUGUACAAGACUGA